AUGCUCUCGGACGCAUUAGAAGGGCUGCUGUUGUGUAACGCGGGCUCCGAAUCCGCGGAGCAGUUGGGAAGAGUGGCGGCCGAGCGCGCCCGCGUUAUGAUGGCUAGCGAGCAAGCCACCACUAGAAGCGGCGGUCUUAACAUAACUGACACUCUGCUAGCCGCCAUCAAAGACAACCAUCUACUCCAAACUAAAGAACUGCCCGCCAUCUUGACGUUAAUACUCGAAACUGACGACACUAGCGCCAAAAAUACCUUCAAAACCGCAUACAAAAUAUUACUGGACAGCUAUGAGUUGUACAACAAACAAAUUAUUGAAGAAAUCAUUGAGAAAUUAAUGAGAAACAUCCAAAAGAAUAAGACAGAUUUGUCAAAAGAUGUAUUCGUGAAGUUGUUUAAAGAUAAAGUUAAAAUGACUUUGGAAUUCUUCAAUAGUAUGCCCAAUUUUGAUCGUGGUAAAAUUUUUACGUUUAUAAACACUCAAGAAUGUAGUGAAAGAGAAAUAUACUUUAUAGCUGAAGCUAAGUUGUCUCUAACUGAUGAAAAAUUGGGAGAAAUAUUGAAUGGUAUUGACAGAUUGGGAGUAAACUAUGAUGGCACUGAUGAAUUUGCUGUUAAAGCAAUUUUGAAGUUCCUAUCUGUGUAUGCUACUGAAUUGAUCGGGAAAUUCACAGAGCCAUCUCUAAAACUAAUAAAGAAAAUCAUCAGCAAUAUGCCACCAAAGUACAUAAUACACUUACAGAAACAAUUCAACUCCUGUGUGAGCAAAUACCACACAAUAAUCGGAGAGCCGGACAUUCUGAUAUCUUUCAAAGAUUGGUACAAAAGAUACGAUAUAAAAACCAAAACCGAAAACAUAAAUAAAGAUAACAUUCACAAAGAAUAUUCUUUAGACAUAAAAGCCUUAAAAAUAUACUCAGAAUUGUUGAAAAUACCAGCGUAUAUAUGCGAUGAUUCAAUUUUGAAUCUAUGCGAUACAGUUUUGAACAUAUACACCGAAAAUGGAGAGAAAUACAUAGAUAUAUACAAGGAAUACCUGUCAGAUAUGUUAAAUAUAUCUUUAAGACUGAAAAUAUUUGACGAAAUAACGCAGCAUAUUGUCAAAAGUCACAACAAAACUGGUUUGAAGUUUAUCAAGUAUUUUAUAGAUGUGUAUUCUGUGUAUUUUAUAAAGAAACCGUAUAUUUUGAUGGGGACUAGUAAUGAAAUAUCGGCAGUUUUGGGAGAUGUAUUGAAAAGUUGUUUGAAGAAGAAAAUGACUGUUGAAGACAGUGUUAAAGUGUUGGAGCUUAUUGAUACGAUAUGGCCCGUAUACCAAGCGCAGUCCACCUUCGAGGACAAAUGCUCGCUACUGUCCCAUACAACCCGGCUGCCGGUGCGACUGGCCUGGGACACUGUCCCGAUGCAGUUUGUGUCCCGGGCGAUUGUGGGGGCGGGAGGAGAGAGGCUGGUUGGGACGCUGCCGGGAGGGGACGAAUGCAGGUAG